GGGGAGGAGUGGUUUCAGUGGCGAAAGGAGGGACCUGGCCAACGAUCACAAUGACCACAAACACGAACGCCCCACCGCCGCAGACAGUGACCUGCCUCAGGUCAGAAAGCCUGAUGCCGUGGGAUCUGACCAGAGCGAGAGAGAGAGCGCUUCUUCUGUUAUGCCUGCCGGAUGAACGAGUGUGGGAGAAAGAAAGAAUGAGAGAACGAGAGAGUGCUUCAGUUUGCAUGGUUUUCUAGAACCAUGAGUGUAGCAGUCCACCUUGGUCUUAACUUGCCGGCUCUUCUAACUGAUUGAUUGAAUAAGUUUGUUUUGUUUGUGUGUUUGUUUUGUUUAGUUGUUUUUGCUCGUUCCUCUUGCAGUUGGAUUUGCAGUGACUGAGUGAGUGACUUGCCAUCCGAAAUAUCCAAUUUCACAUUGAUUCGAUUUCAUUUACUUGAUUUCAUUUAAUUUACUUGAUUUACUUUAAUUUACUUGAUUUACUUUAAUUUACUUUAAUUUACUUGUGUUUUUUGUUUUGGUUCUGCCUUGUGCUCUCAUUGGAGAUUGUGUGCCGUUUACCCAAGGAUGUUCCAACACCAUACGCUCCUUGCUCUGCCUUUUGAUUGCUUGUGUGCACUUCCUGAUAAACCCUUUCCCCUCAUACGAUUGGCUGGUCUCUCUUUCUCUCUCUCGAGUAGCAGCAGUGGGCCAAUGACACCGAUGUGCUCCCCCCAGCCUCAGAUGGGCUCAGUGAGGGUGGACCACCACCGCCCUCUCCCCACUGAUAGUCUCCUCCGACAGAUGUACGACGAUUCUGAAGACGAGGAAGAUGAUGUUGGGUAUGCUGACCCCGUUCAGGACGACCUGUACGCUCGCAAAGUGGGUGCGUCGCCCAAGUCAAAUGUCGACGUGUCAUAUGACAGGUUUCUGCCCAAGUUCUGGACGCCCGAGGAGGACACCCACGUGCAGAAGAUCAAACUGGGGUCCCAGAGGAGACCCUGGUACAAGAAGAUCCAGGGCUUCAGCCGAAAGAAGUCUGGCGGCUCAUCCUCUGACGACUCUGACUGCGAUGUCAGUCACUGGCUCUCCUCAGCCCCUUCCGGCCCCUCCCCCUCCUCUCACCCCCAUGCACCUGAAGGCUCCACCCACACCAGCCUCCCUGCUGCAGGUCAAAGGUCGAUACAGCUGCUCGAUUGACUGUGAAAUCA